CUCCUUCAGUAGCAGGUGAGCAUGGAGCUCAUGCACAGCCCCGGCAGGUAGCAUGUGGGCGGACGUGGAGUACAGCCCGGUGGGAGAGGGGCUGGGGAUGCGGGACUUCUGGCUCUAUGUGUGGAUGAGGAGGGCGGCGGUGAUCGCGGCUCAUGUCACCGGCUUCGGCCUGACCCUCAUCAUCUCCCUGCUGUCAAGACCCGGAACCAGUCUGUUUUCCUGGCAUCCAUUGUGUAUGUCUGUUGCAUACUGCCUGUGUAUGACUGAAGGCAUCCUCCUCUUCUCAGCUGAAGGAUCCCCCUUCUGCUUUAAGUCUCGGAAAGGUAAAGUCCGUCUCCACUGGUUCUGCCAGGCUCUGGUCCUGAUAGCUGCAGCGACUGGGCUCGGCUUCAUGGUGGCCAGCAAGAACGUGUCAGAGCGCCCCCACCUGGUCAGCUGGCACAGCCUGCUGGGCAUCUGCACAUUGGCCGCCACAGUGCUCCAAGCGGCCUGCGGCUUCUGCGUCAUGUUCCCCAAGCUGCUGCGUCUGAACCGGCCCGUGCAGAGGCUGAAGCUGUACCAUGCUACCUGCGGCUUGGUGGUCUACCUGCUGGCCACAGUGACCAUCAUGUCGGCCAUGUUCUCAGACUGGUUCCAGGCCACCGUUAAAGGGGUGGCAUGGUGGGCUUUCCUCCUGCUGCCCCUCUUUCCCGCCCUGGUGGUGAUGAACCAGAUCACUAAUGGCUACCUGCCCCGCAAGAAGAUCACCAGCUAGUAGACAUAGAGGAUUAGACUGUAUUUACUCUGUGGCCACAUUGGAUUGAUGGUUUAAUCAGAGGCUCAGAGACUGGCUCAGAGAAUCAAAGGCUAAAGCAGCAUUUGAAGAUGAAAUAAUCAAAGCAAAGCGCUUCACACUCUAGUAGUCUCAUAGACAGAAGAAGAACAUGAAAACAAGCGUCUGUCUUCAACCACAUAUUUAUUAAGGGAAGGUUUGAAGCCUGGAACCUAAUUUUACAGCUUGUCCUCAUCUCUAAAAUCUUCAUUUAGAGACCCAACAUACAAAUCUCAAAACACAUUACAGCUGAUUUUGAUCAUUUGUGCCCACUAAUGAUCAAUUUGUAUUCUUGAAUUGAAAAUGCAAAAUGUCUUCAUAAGUACCUCAUUUUACCUCACUUGUUAUCACAUUGAGUCCACGUGAUAAAUAAUUGAAGUCAUUUGUGGAAUAAAUUAAUUUGAGGGUACAAAUUACACAUUUUUGGGCAGAAGUUAUUCAUUUGAGGAGUCAAACGACUAAGUUGUGUUCUUACCCGUCAUACCUUCUUUACAGCAUUUAUUGGCCAGUAGAAGAACUUCAACUAGAAACAUUUAGUGUCCUCAAGCUGCAACCACUGUUCAAAUGAAAACAAAAAGGGAUUCUCAAAGAAUCAGAUGACACUAUGCAUAAAAUGUGAAUUAUGAAGCGCAGAUGUGCACACAGACACAUGAGGUGUGGUCAUCAGUCUGAAAAAGUGCUGGAGGCAGAGCGGAGCUGGUCUACAUCUCUGCCUUUGCCUCUCCAGAGGAAUAUUUGCACUACAUAUGCAGUGAAAGGAAAAGAGACUCUUUCUGAAGGGAUAUAAAGCACCGACAGCUGUUUAGUUUAACACUGAGUGUGUUAGCAAGCAGCUCCUGCAAUGAAGGUGCAGUGGUAGAUUAUAUACCAGCCUGUAAACUCUAUUUAUUUAUUAAUUUGUGGUGUUUUUGUGCUGUCUGUCUCGGUUGCUUACAGGUGCUACAUGUAGUCUUUAGCAUUUAAAACUCCACAAAUAUACAACAUUUUGUUUCAUAUCAUUUUUUCACAUUACACAUAUUCAAUGGCAGAAUAUGUGUAAUGUGUAUAUAGACAUUUGCAGUGAUGACCCCAAAAAGAAUAACACAAACAGAGCACAAAGCAGAUGGACAGAGUUAGCUUGCUGGUCAAGACAGUGCUAGUCUCCCUGUCCGCUGGACACUGAGCAACAUUUAGCUAACAUGUUAGCUGUAACAGCUUUGUUAGGCCUUAAAGUUGUGUGGCCACCAAAAUCACUUCCUUGAGAACCACAAGAAUGGAUAUAACACUGGUUGAAAGCAAAUGACACUAUUGAGUAUUGGGAGUUACAUGGUACAAGUUUUAGUAGUUUGUGAUAAGGGCUCAUUUAUCAUUAAUGAAAGCAAUAAGGUAAUGUGUUAUUAGUGGAAUGGGCUCAUUUGAUUACACAAACUAUACACUAUUACACUAUACACAUUAUCAUGAGAAAGACUAUGCAAAGCUACAUGUAGCACCUUUGGUUCAUGAACUUUUAAAAACCCUUUUCAGUGUGUGUGUAUAUGUGACAUUCAGCAUUGUAUCUUUUAUGUGGUUAUCUGUUAGCUGUGCCCUGUGUGAUUUUUUAUUUUUGCCUUUGUGUUACUUCGUAAACCGAAGGCAAAGGUACAAGCUUUCCUCUAGCUAAGACGUCAUCAGUUAGUCCCUCCAGGAACCUAACUGACUUUGAUGAAUCCAAUCCCUUCAUUACAAGCUUAAAGCUUUGUCCUGUUCUCUCAAUACCUCUGAAAUAUAGUCAUGAGGAUAUUUUAAAACUGAAUCAAUCACUGCACUUUUCUAUCCAAUUUAAAACUGCCAAAGGGCAAAUGAAUCACAACUUGUUCUAAGCAAACCAGCGUCCUUAUGAAUGAGCAUCCGAAAUCAUCUUCCUAUGCAGAGAUUAAGAUCUUUCCUGUUUGUAACCAUGAAACUAAUCAUCUGAUGUACACAGAGCUUGUUGGGAGAGCUACAGCUUGGAAGCAAGUAUUGCCUGACAGGCUGAAUUCAGGGCAAAUAAAAGUCUGAAAAUGGCACAAACAAGUUGCUUUGCUUUGCAGUUAUGUAGAAAGCAGCUGUUAUUUGGGGUGCAGUAAUCAGGACAUUGUGGGAAACCCUGCUGGGACAGAUUCAUGUGGAAUAUUUUUAAUUCUGCUAGCAAACCCAAUGCACAAAGACCUAUUGGAUGUACUGUCUAAACUUCAUCUUAAUCACUACUAGGCAGCCCAUGCCAAUACAAAUCAGUAGUUUUCUUUUUGAUAUAAUACUAAGCUCAUUACAAAUCAUUGUGUGGUUUUCAAAUGGCAGACAUAUCUUGGUUCUCCUAAAGGACUCAUCAAUGUAGAAUACACUGAAUAAUGGGAACCUGGAAGAAUAUCAGGCAAUAAUAGAUAAUUUCCAAGAUAUUUCUUCAGCUUGGACGUUUUAACUCUUCCUUCAGCUUUUCUUUUUGUUUUAAAUCUGGAUGCAAUGAAUGUACGCUAUUGGGAAUUCUUUUUUAAAAAUAUAUAUCUUAUUUUAAAGUCAAAUUAUUAAUUCCAGAAACUGUGAAUCUUCUAAUUUCACCAUUUUAAAACCUGUGUAGUCUUUGCCUUAGAAUGUAUUCUUCCCUUCAUUAAAUUACGUUCUGCUGAGCACAACUCGCUUAUAAAUAAAUGUAUUGUUUGUUCUGUUUACUACUCAGGACUUUGCUGUAUGAGCCUGUACAGUGUUUGUGGGCUGAUCAGAGUGGAGGUUGUGAGGUUUGUACUGAUCCCAUUCUCGUUGGCAGAUUGCUGCCUGUGAACCUUCUGUAAUAAACAAAUACAUACAUUUGAA